AUGUCGUCAACAGCAACGCAAACAAUUCCUCUCGAGACCAUUCGCAAUGACAACGAAGAAAGUGACUUCAACAAUGAUCCAACUGCAGCAUCCACAGCCUUCGAUCCCGCAGAAGAUGCCAUCAUCGCAGAAUCCCGCCUUGCCGACUCUCAAGUUCCGGACGGUGGAUAUGGAUGGGUUGUAAUCGGAGCCUGCAGCAUCCUUGCGUUUUGGUUUGUAGGAACUUCCUACUCAUGGGGUGUAAUACAAGCUGCUCUUGUCAAUAAAAAUGUCUCCUCUCCUGCGAGCCUGUCCUUCGUUGGCAGCUUGACAACGGCGUGCAUCUCUUUCUUUGCGUUGAUAAAUGCGAAAAUCGUAAGAAUGAUUGGAGGACGAUUUACUGCUUUGCUUGGAGUGUUUUGCUUAGGAUUGGGAGAGAUAUUGAGCGGAUUCUGUACAGAUAAUGUUGGUGGUCUGUUCUUCACUGCCGGCUUACAAUUUAUUGUUGUAUCAACAAUUUCUGCACAAUAUUUCAACAAAAAGCGUGGUAUUGCCAAUGGCAUCGUCUAUGCUGGAGGUGGUUUUGGAGGUGCUGCAAUCAGCUUUGCGAUGGACGGUCUCAUUCAAAAGCUUGGAGUUGAAUGGACUUUCCGAAUCCUGGGCCUCAUUGUCCUUGCUACCGGCCUGCCAGCUGCUUGGCUGAUUAAGGAACGAGCUCCUAUCAAGACCACAACUUUUGUUGAGUGGAAACUUUUCAAAGACGUCAGAUUCACGACGCUCUUUCUUGCAGGAGCUAUCGCAACAUUUCCACUCCUCGUUCCUCCAUUCUUCCUCCCAUUGUACAGCAGCAGCUUGGGGUUAUCGGCCUCAGCUGGAGCUGGUCUCGUUGCGGGGUUCAACUUCUCUUCAGCUGUCGGGCGUCUUUGUUGCGGAUUCAUGUCCGACUCAAUCGGCCCGGUCAACACCCUACUGAUCUCUUUGUUAGGAAGCGCAUUAAGUAUGCUAGUAAUUUGGCCUGUUUCCGAUUCUCUGGGACCGUUGAUCGUCUUUGUGAUCCUGAAUGGAAUGGCAAACGGAGGAUUUUUCAGUACGAUGCCAACAGUGGUCAUAAGUGUCUUUGGCAGCAGAAGAGUAAGCAUGGCUAUGGGCAUGAUUGUGACAGCUUGGGCCGGAGGGUAUUUGAUGGUACGGAGAAUGUCCUAUCAAAAGCCCUUGUUCGGAGCUCCAAUUGCCGGUUACCUCUUGGCAGCGUACGGCGGGGAGCACAGCACGCUGAAAGCGUACCAUCCAGCUAUGUUUUAUGCAGGUUCUAUGGCUCUUGGCAGUGCUGGACUGGUGGGCACAGUAAAGAUAAUGCUCAAUAAGAGCGUCUUCAAGAAGUUGUGAUUGGACAGCGCCGCAACUUUGCAUUCGGUCCUUGGCAAACUUCAUUUGACGUACACUUCGGAACGCGGACUCUAAGAACGUUACUACGACACAGCAAUUGUGUAACUAGUCCUAGAACGAAUCUAUUGCACUGACUUCGUUCGAGCCAAGAAUUAAGACUGAUAUCAUCGAUUGUUUUGUACGUCUCGAGUGUAGAUCACCCCGCAUGGGAUGAUAUGCAGCCCACCCCUGCGAUUUUGAACACGAGAACAGCACACAACCCAGGGUUAAUGAUAGACAGGGCAGACUCGGAUUUAUCUUGGCACCUUUAUGGUUGCCUGAUCUCUUAUCAUCUAAAAUACAGCGUCGCGCUUCAAGUGACUUCUUUCACUUCUAAUCUAUGGAUCGUCGCCAGCUAAUUCUUUAAAAAAGCUGAGACAAUGAAUUCAGGGCAUUUCACGACUGAGAAUGAUGGCUUU